GAGAGGAAAAAAAAAAAGGAUAUGAAAUUAUGAAGAGCAACAAAAACGACGUCGUGUGAAGCUGCAUUAUCUUCUCCAUAGCUGUUUUUGUGAGCUAACUAAACAAAAAUGGCUUCAAUUUUAUCUUCUCGUCUCCCACAUCUUCCUUCUAAUAAACCGGUUUUCCCACCUUCAAACUCCGGUUCAACUACUCUCAUUCACUUCACUUCCAAAGCCCGGUUCAAAUGCUCAGCUGGUCAAACCGGGUUCUUUACUAAGUUGGGUCGUUUGCUGAAAGAGAAAGCAAAGAGUGAUGUGGAGAAACUGUUCUCAGGAUUCUCAAAAACAAGAGAUAAUUUAGCAGUUAUUGAUGAACUCCUUCUUUACUGGAAUCUUUCUGAUACUGACCGUGUUCUUGAUGAACUUGAAGAGGCUCUGUUGGUCGCUGAUUUUGGGCCAAAGAUUACCAUAAAGAUUGUGGAGAGCUUGCGGGAGGAUAUAUAUGCGGGGAAAAUCAAAUCAGGAAGUGAGAUAAAAAGUGUUCUAAAGAGGAGUAUCUUGGAUCUAUUGACUAGUAAGGCACUUAAAACAGAACUCCGUCUGGGCUUCAGGAAACCAGCUGUGAUCAUGAUUGUGGGUGUCAAUGGAGGUGGGAAGACAACAUCUCUUGGAAAAUUGGCGAAUAGAUUGAAGAAAGGAGGGGCUAAGAUACUAUUAGCAGCUGGUGAUACAUUUAGAGCAGCUGCUAGAGAUCAGUUAGAAAUUUGGGCUGAAAGAACUGGUUGUGAGAUUGUUGUUGCUGAAAAAGAGAAAGCUAAGGCAUCGUCAGUUCUUUUACAGGCUGUUAAAAAGGGAAAGGAAGAGGGUUACGAUAUUGUUUUAUGCGACACAUCUGGCCGUUUGCAUACCAACUAUAGCUUGAUGGAGGAAUUGGUGGCAUGCAAGAAAGUUGUCAGUAAAGUUGUUAAUGGUGCACCUAAUGAAAUCUUGCUUGUACUGGAUGGAACUACUGGUUUAAAUAUGCUUCCUCAAGCGAGAGAGUUUAACGAGGUUGUUGGCGUCACUGGCUUAAUAUUGACUAAACUUGAUGGUUCUGCUCGAGGUGGCUGUGUGGUCAGUGUGGUUGAUGAGCUUGGCAUUCCUGUAAAAUUUGUAGGUGUUGGGGAAGGUGUAGAUGAUCUCCAACCGUUCGAUGCUGAGGAAUUUGUUAAUGCUAUCUUCCCAUGAGGCAUGAUUCCGAGACAGUUUCUCCCAGAUUCUAUUUAGUGAACUCCUAUCUGGUAUUAACAAGACGCGGAUGAACAUUUUGGAUUGAGAGGAGUAAUGAACAUUAGCAAUUUUGUCUUUCACAAAAAGAGUUUCUUAUGCUCCUUUAUUUGUCUAGAUCUCCCCUAUUCCAUUGAGGCUGUGUUCAUCAGAAGAGACAUUUAAGUUUUCCUGUAAAAAUGGAUGCCAUAGUUGCAUCGCUUAUUUUUUAGUCAAAAAAUUCUGUGUCAUCGCCUUGUCAUUUUUGCAGUAUAAGUAGCACUUAAUACAGCAAUCCAGUGAAUGGAGUUUCACUGGACACACAGCUAAGACAAGAUUGAUGUACAUGACUUUUCACUUCAUUCUCUUUCAAUAAAUCAUAGUAGUUCAAUUGUGUA